UUACAACAUUUUGUUCCAGAAUGCCAAGUGCUAAAAUGCUAUUCAAGCUACGUAAACGCUCAGUGAUACUGAAGAGCUACUAAGCUAAGUAUUCGAACGUUUUGCUGUUUGAUCGAUUAAUACGGGAAGAAAUGCACGGUGGGAUACUAAGGUUAGACGCUUAAAUUCAGUGACCCAAACUUCGUGGGUUCGACUCCCCUCUUCCAUUUUCAGCCGUCGAAGUGUCCUUGGGCAAGACACCGAAUCCCAAAUUGCUACCAUUAGACGUUCGUUGUAAGCGUCUAAUAGGCGCUGUCGGCACCGUGAUUCUGUUGCUUAAAUGCGUGCACGUGGUUUAGUAUUUACUGCAGUAAUAUAUCGUUGGUCUAAUGAUAUGAGAGGCAACUAUUUCGAGCCCUUAUACAUCAAAAUGUAGACUGUAAUAUAUAUUCUGGAAAAGGUCAGAGCUUGCUUGGCCAAUGGAUGCAUAGGUGUUCCAAAUAUUUUUAAAAGCCGCACACGCCAUACAUGAAGGAGGCCUUGGUUGAAGAAUGGAUCCGGUAGAGUGGGAAAAUGCUUCUCUCAGGCAACAGAGGAACCUGAACUUAGUUCAACAAAGAGACAUUCAUGAUAUGGAAGUGAACGGACCUCAUUGCUAUUGCAGUGAUGGGGAGCCUCUGGAAGAUGACGGUCCGGAGCUGACCAGAAAACUUAAUCUGCUUCGAGAUAUUGAGGAGCGAAUAUUACACAAGAAAGCCGCAAUUCUUAUAAAGACAUUUGAAAUGAUCAAAAAGAAACCGCUAGACUCUAAAGCUAAAACUCUCAAAGACAGGGUGUCUACAAUUUUGCAACAGAGACAUUGUCUCAACUCUCCAGCAAAGUGCAAGAUGUAUGUGUCGCCUGAGCGUGAUGACUCUCCAAGCCAUAGCAGAGAGUGGCAGGAAGACCAUCCCCUGAAGCGCAGAGUCGAAGCUUUGAUGAGGCAUAGGUUCUGUGACCACAGUGGAUCCACAACAAAAAAUCCAGCUUCCGCUCAUGAAAUAGCUACGCCGCCUGUUACCCCACCUCCCCGCAGUCAAAGUAUUACUUCACAAAUCCAGAAAGAUAAUGUCGCCAACAAAGGCUUUGAGCGCUUUCUUAGCUUGCUCAACAAGGGAGUUGACAUGAACCUGCUCAGUAGGAUCGUCAAUGAUGACAGCGAACAUCUUCAGCUAGGAGACCAGCCCUUUAACAGCCAGCACUCCAGUGUGAAGGAUGAUUUGCAUCGGCCUACUAGCAACGAGAGCCUUCAGUGCAACAGUGGAGCCCAGUUACUUGAGAAUGGUGGGGAGAGGGCAGAGCUUUCUACUAGCAACACAAGCCUUCAAUGCAAAAGUGGAGUCCAAUUACUUCACAGUGGUGGGGACGGGGCAGAGCUUUCCACUAGCAAACACUACCGCAAGGAGAGACUCUCACUGUCGAAUGACAACAACAUGGGCAAAGACAAACACACUUCAGGCUCCAAUAGUGUCUCCAAGUCUCCCCCGACAGUGGAGCAAUCUGAAAAAGAAGAAAAGGAAAUGGUUGUGGUAGAUGAGCAGCAUGAACAGCUCCAGAACAUUCUAAACACUUUGGGCUUGAGCCUAGAAAUGGAAGACUUGAGUAAACUAACACAUCGGACUCAAGAGAGGCUGUAUGGGAAAAGGAAUGAAAGUAAGUCUGUGAGUCCCAGCACAACAGAGCAGCCAGUGAGUCCAGUAAUGAGUGGAUCCUGCAAAUCUGACAGGAAAUCAUCUUCCUCCUCAUUGUCGCCUUCCAGAAGCUGCCGUCGCAGUCCCUCUCACAGGCAGCUCUCCCACCACAGGGUGUCUCGGGAUCGUCACGAGCAAGAUUCAUUGUUAGCAUGCGGUGACUCAAGAAAGAAGACAGAAAAUUCAUUUCAUUUCUAUAAACGCCAAAAUGACGUGCAAGAACAGAAAACUGUUGGCAUAAACAAUGAUGCCAACAUCUCGUAUGAGAGCCCUUAUGUUCACUCACAUUGUGAUCCCGAUUCUUCGUUCCAUUGCCCGGAUUACGAUUUAUCUAAUUUCACUCAUCACUAUUCCUCAUGCAGUGGUGACACCAAUCAAUAUUGGACCAGUACUACGGGAGCCAGUGUCCCUCCACACUAUUCCGGUAGUUAUCCUUACUCAAUGGACACCCACGGCUCCCACUGCGCUAUCCCCUCAGUGCAACAUAACGGCCACUCCUUUCUAGAUGUUUCUUUUGUAAAUCCCGACCUGUCUACAAGUGAAGGUCAAUUUGGCUCAGUCACUGCUCCAAGGAAUCUGCAUGUUGUCAAAAUGAAGCAGCCACGUCGUCGUCGGUUGCCACAGAAGCGGUUUGAGCAAGGGAAAGCCAGAUGGCUAAAAUGGAUGGGGAAACAGAGUCGAAAUGUGCAGAUGUUGAGGGCUCUAAGUGAAAUUCCCCUUGAAGUUAAAGAGACAAAAGCCUCAGGAAAGCAGGCAAAGCCUACCCAAGAUCAUGAAAAACUCUCAAGGGCUCAAAGUGAAAUUCCCUUUGAAGUUAAAGAGACAAAAGCCUCAGGAAAGCAGGCAAAGCCUACCCAAGAUCAUGGAAAACACUCAAGAAAACAACAAACACAAACAGAUGAGGAGAUUAAGGCAAACUUAAGGAAAAUGCUGGAAACAUUCAACCAGAUGUCAAAGAACAAGUCUCAUGCGCCGCCAAAUUCCUAUCCUGACACACAGUUGCUGUGUGUUUUGCUGCUGAGACAGAUGUGUGACGUUGGACUGUGAACCCUGACCCAUCUGUUAGAUGCAGUAGUCCACUUUUUUUUAUACUUAACAUUUUUUAUACUUAACAUGAAUAACAAUUUUUUUCUUGGGGCCGAUUCUGAAUUGCUCCAUUCGCAAGAUUAGUGGUUGUCAUACCAUUGCAUAAAGUUUGAUCUCAAAAAAUAUUUAUCUUUUAUCUUCGGUUUACGAUGUCCAUCCGUUCUGAGGGAGUAAUGUGAAUCGAAUUUUGGUGUAAGUCGGAACAGUAAUAAAAUGAAACAGUACAGUAAUAAAAAAAAAAAAAAA